AUGAGUGGCUGUGGGAAGAAGGCCCUGACCCUGCUGAGCAGCGUCUUUGCCAUCUGCGGCCUGGGUCUCCUGGGCAUCGCCGUCAGCACCGACUACUGGCUGUACCUGGAGGAGGGCGUGAUUCUGCCACAGAACCAGAGCACAGAGGUCAAGAUGUCCCUCCACUCCGGCCUCUGGCGAGUCUGCUUCCUCGCUGGUGAGGAGCGGGGCCGCUGUUUCACCAUUGAAUACGUGAUGCCCAUGAACACUCAGCUGACAUCCGAGUCCACUGUCAGUGUUCUAAAAAUGAUCCGCUCUGCCACACCGUUCCCUCUGGUCAGCCUCUUCUUCAUGUUCAUCGGCUUUAUCUUGAGCAACAUUGGACAUGUCCGUCCCCACAGGACGAUACUGGCCUUUGUCUCUGGAAUCUUCUUUAUCCUCUCUGGCCUCUCUCUCGUGGUGGGCCUGGUGCUCUACAUCUCCAGCAUCAACGACGAGAUGCUUAACAGGACCAAGGACUCAGAGACCUACUUCAACUACAAAUAUGGGUGGUCGUUUGCUUUCGCUGCCAUCUCCUUCCUUUUAACCGAGAGUGCUGGGGUGAUGUCCGUGUACCUGUUCAUGAAGCGGUACACUGCAGAGGACAUGUACAGGCCUCACCCCAGUUUCUACCGCCCACGUCUAAGCAAUUGCUCCGAUUACUCGGGCCAGUUCCUACACCCGGAUGCCUGGGUCCGGGGCCGCAGCCCCUCUGACAUCUCCAGCGACGCCUCCCUGCAGAUGAACAGCAACUACCCAGCCUUGCUCAAGUGCCCCGACUACGACCAGAUGUUGUCUUCCCCCUGCUGA